GUUCGGAGACACCUUUAUUGGGCUUGUCGGCAAUUUAGAUACACACUAAACCGUCGCCACUCCGACUGUAUCUAUUUUCUACCCUUUCCUCUUCUUCCUCUCUGUUUUCUCCAAUUUUUUGGGAUCAAAUCAUAGCAGCUUUCAAUAAUCACGGCUUCAGCUUAAUCUUGAGAUUGAAUAUCUGUUCAAUAGCUCAAAUCUGUUCGCUUGAUCCGGUCCAUGCUGAAGUCGAGCUCCACGAAGCAUUAAAGGUCAUAACUCAUGAGAGGAAUGGUGUUGCUGGGAUGGCGAUAGCGUGGCCGUGGCCGCCAUUAACGAUAUAUGCUGGUUUUUUUAAGUUUAUCUCCAUUCCAUGGGAAAUUGAAAAACUGGGUUGCCCUGGAUUGGCAGGAAGAAGGUGGGAGAGAUUGGAGAACAUAAACAAAUAUACCGGUAAUCAUGGACAAGAUCUAAACGCUGCAAAUUCCGACCUCCGUUUCUCCAAUUUCUCGGCUUUGCUGGAUCCUUCAAGCUUUCCUCCACUUUGAGUUUGAUCUUUGGGUCGUUGAGGUGGAGGUAAUCUCAAGGUGCGCAAAGCUUGCAUGUGAUGGAUCCUUCAAUUGUAAAGCUCUUCGAAGAGGAUGAGGAUGAGUCUAUGCAUUCUGGGGCUGAUGUUGAUGCGUUGCAAGCUGCCUUAAAUCGGCAUAUAGAGGGUGAUACGCCCCCUUCCCAACCAUCAGAUUCAGAAACAGGAAGUGUAGUAGCUUGGGAAAAUGCAUUGCAACUAUUUUUGGUGCAUCUCAUGAUGGGCAGUACAAGCAGAGAUAAGCCACCCCACACUUGUCUUAAGGUUUGGACUUGAGAGACCUUCAAGUUGGAGUUCCAAGGUCUUAACUGCUGGGGCAUCCUCAAGGGGAUGGAAAAAUGCAAUGGUUUAGCUUAUAUCAUAUGAUGUUGUCAUAGGAAAUGUACGAAAUAAUUUCAUCACAGGAAUCCUAGUGGGUGUGUGGGUGUGUAUGCUGUCCCAAUAAUCAUCUUUUGGAUGAGCUGACUGCCAUUGAGCUUAUGCCACUCUUUUUCUCAUUUCUGUAUGAAUAUGGUAUCAUAUUUUCUGGAUAACAAAAGAUACUUAUUGUU